AUGACGAGUUGUAUUUUCAGCAAGACGGAAAAGAAGGAAUUGCAAUUUUUGAAGAGGCACUUUAGGGUUACUCACUCAGGUGUAGUCCAACCAGACAAGGUCAUAUACAAAAGGAAGAGGGGGAAGAGGGUGAGACAGGAAAUUUACCUCCAUGGCAAUUACCCAAACUAUUUUUACGAAAGGUACUGGAAGAGGAAAAAAAAGUGUGAAGAAAUCCCCCAAGCUGAGGGAGUCACCCAAGGGGAAGAUGAACAGGUCAAGGAUACGAAAGAAGCAGAUAAACAAUGCAAAGCGAAUGAAAGAAUUUGCAAAGUGAUGGAAGUUGUCGAGACGGAUAAGAAAGAAAUUAUCGAUGAUUACAGAUUAACCCAUGUAGACAACCUCAUGAAGGGUAUUUUUUAUGGCAAGGACAUCCUUGACAUUGGGUGCAAUUGUGGAGUAACCACUUUUUUGCUUAGUCUUAAAUAUAAGUGCCGAAUUGUAAAUGGCAUUGACAUUGAUUGCAACCUCAUUAAUAACAACAUUACUUUGUUGAAAUUUUUCAUCGAAUUUGUUUUAGUGUAUAACAGCCAGAACCACCUUGUCCCUUUUUUCCUGCGCCAUCGCAACUUGACGCAAAUGCAGAGGGAUAUCUUCCUCGAGGUGCACCUUCUGCGGGAAGUGGGAAGAAAGGGUACGGUGGAGGGGAAAAGAGGCGAAGCGGUAAAGGGUCAUGCGUUAAAAAGUGAUGCAUUAAAAAGUGAUGAGUUAAAAAGUGGUGAGUUAAAAAGUGAUGGGGCGAUGGACAAAGGCGUGGGGGGCCAAAAAAUAACCCCCCACUGUGAGCAAGUCUUCCCCUUCAAUAUAUAUUUCUCCUGCUCGAACAUUUUUGACCAAGUGUUCCAAAGCGCGCACAGAAAGUAUGAUGUAAUUAUUUGCUUCUCUGUAUUGAAGUGGAUACAUUUAAACCAUGGAGAUGCGCAGGUGAUUCUCUUUUUCGAUCAUGUCCACAGUCUGCUAAAAGAAGGAGGGCAUUUCAUCCUGGAGUAUCAUAACGAAAUAAAAUACAAGGUUAAAAAAUGUGAUAGGGGUUAUUAUACGCACGAGACAAAUUUGAAUUAUAAAAAUUUCGAUGCUAUUGCUCAGGGGGCUUAUCAAAAUAGCAGUAGGAUGAAUCUCGUUGAGCGCACGAUUUUCGACGCCAACUGGGAAGAAGGCCCAAGUGGCAGGAAGAAAAAGCCUGGCAUGUUCAGCAGAAUUAUCUGUAUUUAUCAGAAGGUAUAA